UAUUAUUAUUAUUAUUAUUAAUUUGCACUCUGCAGCCAGUGCACUCCCACUGCUGGUUUGGGAAGCAGAGUGCAUGCAGAUAAUCCAUAUCUAUCCUGUUGUUACUUAUGAAAUAUUGCAUCUUCAAUCCAAAUCAAGUAUAGAACUGCACAGCUGUGUUUUAAACUGGUAAUCAUUACCGUAAAGUAUACAAAGCCGGUGUUUCUAACCUCCUUCUCAGGGUCUGGUAGAUGGGUUAAGUUUGAAAGAACGGGGGACAGGUCUGAAAAAAAUCCAGUCUAGCCCCACUUCCUCCACUGUCCUAAGGCAAAUGCAUGUGGGGUGGAGAGAGGAAUAAGGGGGGGGAUCUGGGUGUCGUCUUCCCUCUCCUUCCUGUCAAACAUGGCAGGUCUUUAUUUAGCUUUAUAUGCACACAGCAGAUUUUAAAGCUACCGGGGCAUCUUCACCUUGAUCUGUGACUUUCCUAGCCUUACUCACACAUCACUCUCUGUUCUGGCUACAUGUGGUGGGGAGCAGGAUGAUCCAAUAACCCUUUGCUGCCUCAGCUGAUGGCUGUAUGUAUAGAUUAAAGGCCUGCAUUUGUACAGUCCAUGCAUCUAGGUCUGAUCCACACAGUCACAUCUGAAUAUUGCUCAUAUUGCAUCUUGACUUUGCCAAAGUGAUAAGCUUAAUUUGGAUCAUGGACCUUCAUCCUCUACUUCAGUAGCUAUGACUCAUACCAUUCUCCUACAUUGACAUUUGCAUUUAGUAUGUUUUAUUGAAUUGCUAAAUGCCCAUGCUUUUAUGUUCUGGCUUGAACAAAUGUCUUUCCUUUAGAUAUAUUUAACUUCUAGCUUGGGUCAUUUUGAAACACCUACACUCACCUGCUUGCUGUUCUGGUCUUAAGAUGUGGAGUUAUAAAGUGAUUUCUCAGGAGGCUUGGAAAGGUGACCAACUCUGACUAAUUUGGAAAGAACGUGGGCUGUCAAACUUCAGUUCAUGUGCCACAUACACCUGAUCAGCAUCUUCAGUUUUCUCCUGAGUGUAGCAAACUAAUAGGAGGUGGCAGUGAUUGAAGUGCCAGCAUUAAAACUGAUGACCCUAAUCUGAUUUUGAUCUGUAGAAAGUCACUCCAAGGCUGUGGUUGAAUGGGGGAAAUCGGAAACCUUGCUUGGACAGGUGGGGCCUCUGUCAGUAACAACUAAUCCUGCAGCAGUGGAUGACAUUAUCACUGGGUAGCAGCUAUUAUAGCAGGUUGUCACAGUGCCAGUACAGUGGUACCUCGGGUUACAAACACUUUGGGUUCCAGACUCCGCUAACCCAGAAGUAGUACCUCAGGUUAAAAACUUUAUCUCAGGACGAGAACAGAAAUUGUGUGCUGGCGGUGCAGCGGCAGCAGGAGGCCCCAUUAGGUAAAGUGGUGCCUCAGGUUAAGAACGGUUUCAGGUUAAGAACGGACCUCCGGAACGAAUUAAGUUCGUAACCAGAGAUACCACUGUAAUGGAAAGCAGGGCCCAUUCCAUCAGCUCUGCUGACAGACUAUCUCCACUGGGCUCUUGCUCCUGAAUUUCUUCCCCCUCCACUCUUCCCUCCCCAUCACUUUCCCCUCUUGUGUCAUGUCUUUCAGAUUGUGAGUCAGCAAACAGGGACCGUCUUGUUUUCGUUAAUGAUACGUAAGCCACUCCGGGAGCUGUUUGCUGAAGAACAAGUUAAAGAUAUAAAACUUGUUUGAAGAAAUAAAGUGCAGCACUGGAGUAAUGUCAUUGUUUUAGUGUUGCUGAGCUGACAAAGUGGUUGGGACAGCCCAUCCAAAGCACUUUUAAAUACAGGAGCGGCAGGUUGGGAUUGCAAGCUAGAAAUAAUAACAACAAUGCAAAUUGUGUAUGGGAGGAGAAGUGGAUGUUUUGCAGCUGAUGAGUUUCUGUUGAUGCAAGGCUGAGAACAUGAGAAACCAGGCUGCUCCAAGGAUGAUGACAAGCUUGUGCAAGUUUGCAAGCUGUGCCAUUUUUGUCAACUUGAGCAUUCUAGAAAUCUCUACAUAAUUUUUUGCUUAAAUGCUGUGUAUAUCCUUAUCUGGUCAUCUAAUAACUUAUUUAACUCCUUAGAAGUUUUUUUAAAAAAAAACACCCAACAACAAUACAAACGUCUUCUUUUGAAAAACAAACCCUAUAGACAGACGUUCUUUGCAUUUGCUCCAAUGAUAUUUUACUGACAUAGCACAUUCCAGCUUCACACCUAGCCCAGUUUUGUAGAUAAAAGUAUGCAGUUAAUAAUGUAAGAAGUGGAUCAGUUCAUGGCUCCAUCUAUCUACUCAAGUAUCCUGCUUCCUACAGUGCUCAGCUAAAUGCUUCCAGAAAGCCCACAAGCAGGGGGCAUAAAGCCAGCAGCCUUUUUCCACUGCCCACAGGUAUUCAGAGGUACACUGACCCAGAACAAGGACAGUUCCUUAAGCUAUCAUAGCCUUUGAUAUAGCUCACCUCAGUCAAUUAUGUUUAAUCUCCAUUAAAAAAACCUAUGUGACACACUUUUCAGACAUUAUGUUCCUUAUGAUUACAAUCAUAUGGACCAUGAGAGCAGCUGGCCCUACUCCUGCCAUUGCAUCUCCAGUGACCUAGCUCUGCUACGAUCCUUGUUUUGAAAGUCUGAAGCAGGGAAUCUGUUCUGUGUGCAGAGACUCCCCACACAUUUGAGAACCCUGCCAACAUAGGAGCCAACUCCUAGGGGUCGUAGGGGCUUCUGCCCCCAAAGUAAAAUAUUUCAGGGGGUUGGGCCCCCACAAAGUUGAUGGGCAUUCCCAUUCAAAUGGUGUGUGUGCACUGCAUCAUGUGAUAUUAUGCAGGGCAGGGCUAACCUGGGCCCCCACAAUAUUUUAUUCAAGUUGGCACUCCUGCCUGCCAAUAUGGGAUUCAGGUGAGGAGUUGAAUGCCCAAAUAGGGGUUGGUUCCAUAGUCUUCUCCGCAUCUUGUGGCAGUGAUUUACAUGUAUUGGUUAUGCAUUCUAUUUGUCUGUUUAUUAAAUUUUAUAUGCCACAUUUUCUUCCAAGGAGUUCAAGGCAAUGGUUCUCUCCUCUAUUUUAUCUUCACAACAACCCCUUGAGUUAGGUUAGGCUGAGAAAUAGUGAUUGGCCCAAGGUCACACAAUGAGCUUCAUGAGGCUGAUUCAAACCCUGGCCUCCCAAGUCAAAGCCCAGCACUCUAACCAUUACACCACACUGGCUCUCAUUAUAUAUGGAGAAGAAAUUUAUUCUAUCUAUCCCAAAUCUACUGCUAUUCAGUUAACAAACACCACGACAGCUUAAAAUAUUGAAAAGGAUUGAAGUCUUAACUUCUGAAGGUGGCACCGCUCAAAGAAGCAGCUUCAAUUUGUAUGCAGGUUUAUUUGGGAAAAUACGGCUCUUUGUAGAUUCCUGGGCCCCAAGGCAUUUAAACUUCACUACUUAAUGCAGCAGUCCAAAUAUAGCAAUACCAUAGAUUUAGUUUAACAGUGUCAUGGUACUAGUCAUUGCAUUCCCCCCCCCCAUUCCAAAUGCCUUUUUUUAAAGAAACCGCACAGUAUAAACUAAGGCUUUUUAAUUGAGCUGUCAACCAUUUCAAUAUUUCCUUCCUGUAUAUUUCCACUGCUAUCCCAUCAAUGUGUACAAGACUUGCUGAUUUUUUUGCCCUGGUGUGUCUUGCUUUAGUACACAGGUUCUUGUUGGUUGUCAAAGUAUAACCAUAAUAUUGCAAGAUGCUGAAGAACCUUUUUACACCUGCUCUCUGAGCAAGAAGGAUUAGCUGUGAAGUGGAGGCUGGUGCCCAUUACAACUAAUAGGGUGGAAGGCAGGGAGACCAACAGCAGGUGGUGCCAGAGGCAAUAGCAAGUGAAGCUGGAGCCAAUGAUAGAUGGAGCUAACUCAUUCUGGUUUUGUCCCCAUCCUCUUCCCUGUUGAGUUCUACAUGGGCAACACUGAGCUUGAGGAGGAAGAGGAGGCUAGCAUCCAGUGUCACCCACUGGGCUGGUUGCAAGUAAGGAGGCAGGCAGAUGGGGGCAGGUUGAGUUUGGUGGGAUAGUGCUCCAUUUCCCUAUUGCACCAGCCUCCACUCGUCGUAACUGUGUACUGUAGAUCCUAUAGAAGGCUUUGUGUUAAGACUCCUUAGAUUUUCAAAACGGCUUUUGAAAAUGAGAUUAUAUUUCAUAAAUAUUGUGAGCAUAAUUUCUUAAGGAAGUUAAAGAAUUGGAGAGACUGCUUUUAGUUUCUCCUUUAGAAAUGCAUCCAAGCACUAAGUUCCAAUACUGGGACCCACCUGGCAUGAAGAUGGAGGGGGCAGGCGUGGGUAGCUCCCUGGCAGCAAAUCUGGAAGCUGUAUUUGGCUCUCCUUAAACAGGUGUGAGAAGUGGCAGCUAAGCCUGCUGCACUGGGAGACUUAUCUUUCCCUUCAACAGCAUUAUUAGGUGUCAGGUGUGGAAGCAAACAAGUGGGAAAGGAAGAGCAUGACCGGUUGUGCAGAAGGAGUGUACUUAUGUGUGGAGAAUGACCAUAGAUACAUUUUAAAAUGCUGUUUUUGCAAAGGAAGGUGCAUGCUGAACUUUAUGUAACUGGACAGGUGGCCUGUGGAGAAUUUGGGGGGGCAGGGGGGUAGGCUUUUGUUUCAAAGCACAUGCCAGUAUUCUUGGAGACAGUUAACCUGGCGGCUCAGAGGCUGAGCAGGACUUCAGCCUAACCUUGGGAAAUCAAAGGCAGUAAAAUAUUCUGGGCUUUCCGGCUUAGGCUCAAAGAACUGUGCUUCAAGUGCCUCCAACAUAGCAAUAGGUGACAAAUGGAAAAGUCUAACCUGAUGCGUGGCGAUUGCUAAGGUUAUGAUCAAAACUGCCAUUUCUUUUUGUGCCAGCUAUGCUGAAAAAUCAUCCUGACUGUUCUAAAAUUAGCUGCAGAACACAAGAGGCACUGGCUGGUUCCUUCGCUGGUGUGUUGCUAGGGGAAUCUAUCCAUAUCUCUCUCAUUUUGCACCAAUCCAACUGGUUAGUUUUUAGGGCUGGGACUGAGUGUAGAAGCACCAUCAUGACAGGUGGCAUAUUGUGUCUCUAGAGAUUAGUUUUUUGUUUUUGUAUGAAAUCUCCAAUAGAUGUUUAACCUCUACUGUUAAAAGUGAAUGGGAGGGUGCUGUUUGUAGACUUCUAAAUAGCCUUGCUCUGCAUCACCACACCCCAUGACCAUUCCUAGCUUUUACCAUUGUAAGGUUUGUUUGUUUUUACCAAAAAAACAAAAACUAGUUAAAACAGUUUCUGGGCUAAGAUGAAAUGGAUGAGGUUGGUUUUGGACAGCUUUCGUGCAAGAUAGGAAUGCAUUAAAUUACCAAAGGAUAUGCACCUGGAUAGCAGUGCAUUGGAGGUUUGUUAAGUGAUAUAUUUUUAAUCAGCUGCUCUCAUCUCUGUCCCUACCUUUUGUGAAUGUUGUUAUGGACACUGAGGAGCUAGGAGCAGGCUGUCUCCUCCCCUGAUGGUGUAACUCGACUUCUCUGUGUGUCUCAAACGGUGCCAAUCAAAAUCAGCUGAGAUGCUGACAGCCUCCCCGUUAAGAACCCGCUGCAGAAACUGUGUGAGAAAUCUUGCAAGAGGAAGUGGCUCAACUCUGCUCGACAGAAAGCAAGCAGGAAGGGGGGGGGGAGAAGGAGGGAGGUGAUGCCGUUCUCGCAACCAGCCUCCGUGGGCUGCAGGCAAAAGAAUCAAGCCACAGAUGGGGAAUGAGUUUGUAAGCAGCAACCACCACCACCAGCAGCAGCAGCAGAGAAACCCCUUCGGGUCCGGCACCACCCUCUCCACUUCUGGCAAUGCUUAGUCCGAGAAGGGAGGUUGGUGGCUGAAGAGAGGAGAGGUGAUCCCCAGCAAGGCUCGUUUCUCCCUUAAAGGAGACGUCACCGGGUUUGCUGAGCAGAGAAAACUGUUGCAAAGCAUGGCAAGUGGGAGCUGGAGAGGCUGACGCCGUGCUUGCUUGCUUGCUGCUGCUGAGAUUGCCUGGAACUGGAUUGGGAAACAGCGCUGCUGCCGCAGUGAGCGGAGAAUCCGAUGGUUACCUGGUUCUCUAGCUCACAGGAGGGCUUCACGUGCGCCCAGGACCCGGGAUCCCCUCUUGGAUGACGGUCGACAACAGCAUGAGCAGUGGCUACUGUAGUUUGGAUGAAGACUUGGAGGACUGUUUUUUCACAGCCAGGACCACCUUAUUUAGGAGCGCUCAAAGCAAAUUUGCCACAAAGAAUGUAACAAAACCAGUGGAAGAAAAAGAAGAAGAAAAACCUAAAGCUCCUACUGUCCAAGAGUUGAAGGAGAAGAUUGAUAAUUACAACUCAAAAGUCAACAACUGCUUGCUGAUGAAGCUGAAUGAUGAUGGCACUUACACAGGCUUCAUCAAAGUUCACCUGAAACUUCGCCGGCCUGUGACGGUGCCAGCAGGGAUCAGGCCGCAGUCCAUCUACGAUGCCCUCAAGGAGGUCAACAUGGCCAACAUGACAGAGAAGAGAACAUCCUUCUACCUGCCACUGGAUGCCAUCAAACAGUUGCACAUCAGCAGCAGCACCACCGUGAGUGAGGUGAUCCAAGGACUUCUGAAGAAAUUUAUGGUGGUGGACAACCCACAGAAAUUUGCACUUUUCAAGCAGAUGCAGAAAGAUGGUCAAGUUCUAUCCCAGAAGCUCUCGGUAACAGAGUACCCUUUGUACCUCCGGCUACUAGCAGGUCCUGACACAGACAUUCUCAGUUUUGUGUUGAAGGAAAACGAAACAGGGGAAGUUGAGUGGGAUGACUUCUCUAUUCCAGAGCUACAAAAUUUCCUGGUGAUACUAGAAAGGGAAGAAAAAGAGAAAAUCCAGCAAGUGCAGAAAAAGUAUGACCGGUUUAAACAAAGACUGCAGGAGGCCUUGAAAGAAGCAAAUGGGAAGCCUGGAUAACCCAAACUUGGAAGUGUGGCUAGGG